AUCCCCGUGCUGAUUCCUACAGACUCGUCACGCGACCAGGCGACGUUUUUUUUAUUCUCUAAACACAAUACACUGUUGAAGAUUAACACUGGAGUUAAACACAGAAAGAGUGAGACUGAGAGGCAGGCCUAACAACAACAUACAACACAAAAUGUAUGUGGAAGUGAAAUACGGCAGUAACGAGUGUAUACUGGUGAACACGAAUUGUGUUGUUAUCAAUCUACUGGGCAGCAUCAAGCAGCGCUGCGGCCUGCCAGACCCAGACCUGCUCCUGGACCUGACUGACGAAACAGGCCUUAUAAAGGAGCUGGACAUCCACCCUCGGGAGAACGCCGGGAAGUUCCUGGCGCCGAAGACGACGUACGUGCUGGUGCGGAAGGUUCUGGUGUCGCACGGCAGCAGCGACGAGGAGGCCAGUAACAAGUCAUCCAGCAACAAGACGUCUCCUGCGCAGAACAAGGAGUACAGGUACGAGCCCCUUCUGGACAACUGGAAGGAACUCUACCCGAGUUACCGGCCGCACUUCGCCAAGGAGGAGAUACAGCAGGGCGGCCGGACCCGGCGGGGAGGGGACAGGCCAGGAUCGGGCGGCAGGACCACUCGCACCCGCAAGAGAACCAAGGCUAGCCGGUCCCCACACAACUAGCAACUAGCCUGGAUGCCAGACCCAUUACAGGAUAGGCCCAGAGUUAGCCAGCGUGUGGAUUAGGGCCUAAAUGAGAGGACUGUGGUAUAAAUUCCUUGGGGGCAUGUUGUAAUCUCCAAGCAGAUCCUAGGGUGGAAAGGCAGUAUCAAAUUGGCCAGGCAGUAUCUGGUCAAUUCCAUACUGUCUUAUGCCAUCCUAGGAUCUGCUUGGAGAUCCAUUAGCAUGUUGAUCCUGGAAGCAGCCUGGCACCCAGGCUACCAGCUGUGUUUGCCGGUGUCGUCUCCACCUGUAGCAAGUGUAAUAUAGUGAUAUGUUUUCAUAACGUUGGAUGUUUUUGCUGUGCUGCUAUGAUUUGAUAUUUUUGCGGUGCUGCUAUGAAUUCAAUCCAUGAUACUCGUACUGGUAUUUGUCACUCUCCUAGUAUAAUUUCGAGGGUGUAGAAGUUAUAUACUUUUAUAACAUUCCACAUCUGAUCAUUGUCUUGAAACGUGGAAUGUCAGAAAGUGGAACAUCAUACUUAUUCAGAGUUUAUUGCGUUGUAUUUAUGGUAAUCUGCAUGUAUUUUCUCGCUACUGGCACAGAAAAAAUCAAGCUUGUACAUGUAGCUUCGGACACAAUUUCAAAGUAA